AUGAGGGGCGGCCGAUCGAAUUCGAUUAAGGAACUGACGCCCUUAUCAAAACCGCCGGAAAUUAACAUUGCUGCUGUUCCCGGAGACGAUGACGUCGUUGGUGAACAGAACAUCGGCGAGAAUAAUGGAAGAGGUUCGUGGUCUAAUAUGUUGCCAGAGCUCUUAGGCGAGAUAAUCAAACGAGUGGAAACGAGUGAUGACCGGUGGUCGCUCCGUCGAAAUCUGCCUGGUUUAGGUGAUUCUCCGAUUCAAUGCGUGAUUAAAAGAAACAAGAAGAACUCAGUGUUUUACCUCUAUCUUGCUGCUACUCCAUCAUUUACAAACAAGGGUAAGUUUAUUUUAGCUGCAAGAAGAUAUAGACAUGGUGCUCACAUGGAAUACAUAAUAUCACUUGAUCCAGAUGAUUCAUCUCAAGGAAGCAAUGCUUAUGUUGGUAAAUUAAGGCAACUACCACACAAUGGUGCAAAACACUUAAGUAACAAAUCUGUGAGGCAAAUUGCAAGCAAACAAAUAAGCCCACAAGUUCCAUCAAGCAACUUUGAAAUUGGAGAAACUUCAUACAAAUUCAAUAUUUUGAAAUCAAGGGGUCCAAGAAGAAUGAUGUGUUCUCUAACAUCCACAUCAACAUCACCAGAUCAACAGUUUGACUCUGUUGCAUCGGUUAAGAAUUUUCAGUUGGUGGCAACAUUGGAACCGAGUCAACCAGGUGGGAAAGGUGAUGGUGAAACGGUUUUGCUUCAGUUUGGAAAAGUUGGUGAUGAUAUGUUUACCAUGGAUUAUAACUAUAAAUAA